AUGGCCACUCUGAGAGAAAUUCAGCAGCGUCUUCGUUCCGUCCAGAACAUUGAAAAGAUCACAAAGUCUAUGAAGAUGAUUGCCUCUACCAAGGUUGCCAAGGCUCAGCGUAACAUGGAUACUGCCCGCGCCUUUGGUGUUGCAUCCAACUCUCUUUUCCAGAGUGCCGAGACCAAAGCUACCGAUGGAGGCGUUGAAUUGAUUGUUGCCUCUUCAUCUGACCGUGGUCUGUGCGGUGGUAUCCAUUCUAGUGUCUCCAAGGCCACCCGUCGUGCAGUCGAAGCUAACCCCGAAGGCCGUGUUGUUGUUUUGGGUGACAAGCCCAAAGCACAAUUGUCCCGUGCUGUGCGCUCCAACAUCACCCUUUCGUUCAACCAGAUCGGCAAGGCUGUUCCUACCUUCACCGAGGCCAGUUCAAUUGUUGAUGUAAUCAAGGCUGACGGCAUCGAGUUUGACUCUGCCAAGAUCGUUUACAACAAGUUCUUGUCUGCCAUUUCCUACGAAGCUGAUUCAAUCACUGUCUACUCUGACAACGCAUUCAAGGCCUCGCCCAACUUCGCUGUUUAUGAGAUCGAAGAUGAUGUUCUUGCUAACCUCCAGGAGUUCAACUUUGCAAACUCUAUCUACUGGGCUAUGGUUGAGGGACAUGCUGCCGAGAUGUCCGCCAAGCGUGCUGCUAUGGAGAACGCUACCAAAAACGCCGGAGAGAUGAUCACAAAGCUCACCAUGACCUACAACCGUGGUCGCCAGGCUGUCAUUACCAACGAAUUGAUUGAUAUUAUUACUGGUGCAUCUGCUCUUUAGAUAUUAUUUGUGUAAUUAUGAUAAUUAAUUUAAGAAAAUAAAAAGUAAAAGUAAAAAAUAAAAAUAAAAAAAAAUAAAAGUAGU